AUGGCUGGCUUGGCUGAAACAGACCCAAAGGAUAAAUAUUCAAUGGAUUUUGGAGAUAAAAGUUGGAUGAAUCUCCGAAGAUCCACCAAUGAAUAUAUUCAUGGAGUUAAUGAUUUUCUUGAUAAAGCAUUUGAACGAGCUUCCCAAGGAAAUGAAAUAUUGUGUUCUUGUAAGAAGUGCUUUAAUCGUAAUUGGCAUUGCCGAAAUAUGGUAGAGGAUCAUUUGAUUUGCCAUGGAUUUGUUCAUGGAUACACCAAAUGGGUUUUUCAUGGUGAAGGAUUUUCCUCAAGAAAUACGCCACAUCCAACCGAUAAAGAAGAAACUUCUAACAUGCAUGACGACAUUGAUAGAUUACUUCACGAUACUUUUAGAAAUAUAGUAGAUGAUCGAAGACAUGAAGGAGUGAGGGAGGGGCCACAUGAAGAUGCAAAGAUAUUUUUUAAAUUAGUGGAGGAAGGGAAAGAAGAGUUGUAUCCAGGGUGUAAAAAAUUUGCUAAGUUGAGUUUUACCAUCCGGCUAUACUUGUUUAAAUGCAUUCACAAGUUGACUGAUGUGGCCUUUUCAGAUUUGUUGGACUUGAUAAGAGAGGCAUUUCCAUUUGCUCAGAUACCCGACUCGUUUUACAAGGCAAAAAAGAAUGACAAUGCAAAGUUAGAUAAUUGCUCUGUGUGUGGAGCUUCAAGAUGGAAGAAUGUUCGGAAUGACUUAAAUAAUAAGGUUACGAAAAUCAAAGUGAAGGUUUUAAGAUUGAGUCUUUCAAGUGAUGGUUUAAAUCCAUUAAGAAUUAUGAGCAUUGCCCAUAGCACAUGGCCAGUUAUAUUGAUGAACUAUAAUUUAUCUCCAUGGACUUGCAUGAAGUCGGAGAAUAUUAUGUUGUCAAUGAUUAUUCCAGGUCCAUCGUCUCCGGGAAAUGACAUAGAUGUAUACUUGCAACCACUGAUUGCGGAGUUGAAGGAACUAUGGGAAGUGGGAGUUGAAACAUAUGAUGCUGUAACUAAUCAAACAUUUCUAAUGCAUGCAACUUUAUUGUGGACAAUUAGUGAUUUUCCAGCUCUAGCAAUGCUUUCUGGAUGGAGCACCAAGGGGAGAUGGGCAUGCCCCACUUGUAACCAUAAUACUUGUUCCCAAUAUCUCAAACAUAGUCUCAAGAUGUGUUACUUGGGUCAUCGGACGUUUUUACCUCCUGAUCAUCCAUUCAGAAGAGAUAAAAGAUCAUUUAAUGGUAAAAAGGAGCAUAAAGUUGCACCUACUCCAUUAUCAGGUGCACGAAUUCUUGAAGAGCUUCGUGAAUUCAAUAAUGUAUUUGGAAAGAACAAAAAGAAAAGAAAACGAAAGGAUGAUGGUCCAUGGAAAAAAAAUCCAUAUUUUUUGAGUUGCCGUAUUGGGCAACAAACAAAUUGA